AUGUCAGGAGCAGGAGAAGGCCCUUCAUGGGCGAAGCGGCGGAUAGCUCCCGCUCGGCCAGUGUCGGAUGCGGCGCUGCCACACGAGAGAAUUUCUUCUCUGCCUUCCCAACGCACUUUUUUCUUUGUCGACGCUAAAUCGUCUAGCAAAGGGAAACGUGCACAUGUGAUGAAACAUCACAUUCAAGAGAAAAAGAGGGAGCAGAGAAGAUUACUUUCUCAGGCCGUGAACGGGCAAGGAGUUGGUCGACCUCGAAGCCUGCCUUGGAGGAGAAGUGAGACAUCGCAGGUCGCUGCAGACUCGAAUGUAGUUUCUUUGAGCCGAAUUGCCCCCGUCCUGAAUGACGACAUGUCUAGCACGAAUAAAGAACCUGCGACAGAGAUAUAUCCAGCCCUUAAUCAGACGUAUUGCUCGCUUUGCAACCAAAUAAGCUUGAGAACGUCAAGAUUGGAUCCCUUUGGUACUCUACCCAUGGAGCUCACGGAUGAGUCUCAACAGCUGGCAGAUUGCUGGACGACGAAACUUGCGUACUGGUCUGGCCAAAACAACCACAUGAAAAUCGCUGCUUUUCGACAAGCGAUGCUCAGUCCGAUGACCUUUUAUGUGACAAUUCUUACUUACUGUGCCAGAUUUCGAGCUCACGCUUCGGGAUUAAAAGAGACGCCCCAGUCUAUCCAAUAUACGUCAACGGCAGAACGCUCUCUUCUGCGAUAUAUCCAAGCCGCAAGCGACCCGUAUGACGAGAAUAUCGUCAUGGCCUUUGCUGCGUUAUCGCUCCAAGAGGAGAGAUACGGGAGCAAAGAAAGGGCCGCGGAACAUAUGAAUCAAGCGAUGGUGCGGUUAAGGCCUCGUGCGGCAGAUUAUCCUUUCCAAAACGUAUUUGUUCAUUAUGUGCGUUAUACCAUGUCUCCGUGCGGCGUGGUCCGGGACGCUGUAGAAGCUUCUCAGUUAUCAUCCUUUCUACGCAUUGCGCAAUCUGCGGCCCAAGAUUAUCACUUUAUUUACCAGGCCCCUCUCAGAAGGACCGCAUUCCAGUUCUCCACGCCUCUUCAUCUGCUACUCUCCUCGGGGCCGCAUCCGAGUCCUGUGCCGAAGGAAGAACGAAAAUGGGUCGUCAAUUGCGGCGCAGUGCACGAUCUCUGUCGUGUCGCGUCACUGAUAUAUAUCACCUCGUCCAUACUUGACUAUCGUCUCUCGCCGCACAAGUGUAACCUCUUUCUUGAGGAACUGUUGCUGAAGAUUAGCCAGCACAAUCUCGACCGCUGGGCAUCUACAGAGUCGCUUUUAUGGAUGCUUCUUGAGGAUCCUUCAAACGUGGACUUGAAAGACCCGCGGCGUGCCUGGGUUGUGGGGGACAUAAUGGGAAUCGUUCAAAGGCUGCCGGCGCAGCUGAAGUAUCAGUUCAGUGAACUUUUACUCCGAUUUUUGAUGCUGAGGCCGCCGGAUCUUGAGAUAUCCCUGGAUAAAUUUGAAGUAGCCCUAUGGCAGCAUGUCAAUUCGCAGUUGGUUGUCGACUGCCACGAGUGAGCCUCAUGCAUAGUUAUAUUUCGAGUCGCGUCCGCCUGUCUCCUGCUAUGUGGAAACUCGAUGUUCCUUUCGGUCUCGAGGCGCAACUAUAAUGUAGCAUUGCGACAGAGUAAUUUUCCUCCUAAUGCUUGAGUAUUUGUUGAUUUCUUUUCUUUUGGCUUCAUUUUCAUUUUCUCCAGCGUUCUUAGUGAAUCUGAAUAGCCUUUUUGAUUGCA